AUGAGCACGCGCGAGAUAUUCCGGGAGUUUGAGUUUCUGCUCGACAGGAGCCAAAAGAGCUUUAACAAGCUGCGGGACCUGCCCCCGUAUGGCAAUAGUCGCUGGGAGCACCACUUCCACAAGGCGUUCCACAUAUACUCCAAGCUGUGGAAAUUUCAGCAGGACAACAGGUGGGGUGGGGGCUGCAGGGAUUUGCCGCAGCAGCAGCGGCAGUAUCAGAAGCAGCAGCAGCAGCAGCAGCAGCAGCAGCAGCAGAAGAGGGAGGUCCUGACAAGCCGCGGCAUGGAGCGCUGGGAGAUCGGCGACAUCGCGUCCAAGAUAGGGCAGCUCUACUACAACUACUACCUGCGCACCAGCGAGAUACGCUUCCUCCACGAGUCGUACUCCGCCACGGACCCCAACCUGGCUAUCAAGCAGCUGCGGUACUUUGCGCGCUUCAUCAUCAUCUGCCUGCUGCUCAGCAGGCGCGAGGAGGUGUGGCAGCUGCUGCAGGAGUUCCAGGCCCUCAUAUCAUCCUACAUACUCAAGUACUCGCCACCGGACGCAAACGAGUGGCGCAGCGUGAUCCAGGAGGUCACGACCUUCCUCAACGCUGACGUGGCCAUGCCCAUGCCGCGCUCGCCCGGCGCGGCGCUGCCCUUCCGCGUGAGCCUGCGCUGCGGCCUCAGCGCGCCCGAGGUGAAGCUGGCGCCACACCGGCCGAUGCUGCUGCACGCAGUGCUGGCCAGCUACUACCCGCGGCAGGUCAAGAUUGCGGAGCUGCCGCUUGACAGCUUCCGCAUGCUGCAGGCGCUGGAGUGGGAGGAUGCCUACAGCGGCGCGACCCCGCCCGCGGGGGAGCACCCCAUGCCGCUCACUGCGCCGCCGCCGGCGGACGGCGGCGGCGCCGGCGCCAAGGACCGGAAGGCGGCGGCCUCCGGCGGCGGCCGGGAAAAGGGCGGCAGCAAGGGCGGCAGCGCCGUGGACAAGGCCGUGACGGCGGCGAUGGCGGCUGAGAACGGCGGAGGCGGGACGGCGGGCGGCGGCAGCACGGCCUCCGGCAGCGUCGCCGGCAGCGGGAGCGGCGGCGCGAGCGGCGGGGCGCCCUCCAUCUACGAGAACCCCUCCAAGCACCUGGUGUACCGCCCCACCGUGCUGCAGCUGCUGUCCAUCCUGACCACCACCAUGGAGGUGCUGCCGCGCGACGGCGUGCUGCUGCUGUACCUCUCGGCCUCCAGCGGCCGCGGGGAGCUCAAGACCGGCGGCGCGUUUGCCAGCACCAGCCACCUCGUGGGCGGCGGCGCCGCCGCAGCUGCCAGCAGCGAGAUCGCGCCCCACGACGCGGACAGCCCCGCGCCCGACAACAUGAGUGACGUCAGCGGGCUCAGCGUCAGCGCGCUCACGGUGUCCAACGGCAGCGCGGAGGGGGGCCUCAAUCUGGGGCCCGCCAAGGCCCAGGACUCUGCUGACGCGUGCCUGCUGCCGGAGGACCUGGCCCACCUGACGCGCCGCACCCUGUUCUUGGUGGUUGACGCGGACAACGCACACAGCUUCACGCGGCUGCAGGAGGUGUCUCGCUCUGCGUUCUGCCUCAUGAGCCCCUCAGCGCGCCCCCCCGAGCUGGGUGACGUCACCAAGAGCGGCGGCCUGCUGACCCUGUUCCUGUCGGGGCCCCUCUCCGCCUUCUGCCUCGCCGCCGGCAACACAGACCCCUCAGUGCAGCAGCUGGUGGACCUGCAGCUGCGUAUGGGGCAGGUCAUGGGGGAGUGGGGCGCGCUGCUGCUGCGCACCUUCCAGGCCCCCGGUGGUGCCCCCAGCCGCUCCCCCUGGUCGGCCGUCUUCCGCGACGCCCUGCUGCGGCGCCUGGUGCUGCGCUUCAUCCUGUGCCGCGCGGCGCUGGGGCUGCACAGCACGGUGGGGGCCAACCCCGCGCACCUGCCGCGCUGCUUCCCAGACCUGCCCAAGGAGCUCGCCCCCGACGCCCCCGACGUUGCGGCCGGGGUGGCCAAGCUCGCGGCGUGCCUGGGCCGCGGCAGCGUGUUUGGCCGGACGGCGCUCAGCACCGGCAGCAGCAGCUCCCCCAUGUCUGCCAGCACACAGCAGUAG